UUGAUUCACGUGUGCCGCCAUUUUCCAUUUUGUAAAGAAAGGUUAUACAAGACUAUAAUCAUGAGUGAUAUUGAGCCGAAGAAGCUCAAAGUAGCUGAAUUAAGAGAGGAAUUGAAAUCUCGUGGACUGGACACGAAAGGCAACAAAGCUCAACUUGUAAAACGACUUGAAAAGGCAUUAAAAGGCGAUCCCAAUGUAACAGCUGCUGGUGAUGAAACUCUUGAUACUUCAGCCCAGGAGGAAGCAAAUGCAUCAGCGGCAGAUGAAUCUAUUGAGAUGGCUGCAGAGGCCACAGAGGUAGCCCCUGAACCUGUGGCAGUACAAGAACCAGAGCCAGUUAAGGAGCCUGAGCCAGAGAUAGCACCCGUUGAGCCUGAGGCUGAACCAGAGCCAGUGGUGCAGGCUACUGAACCAGAACCUGUACCUGCAGAACCUGAGGCACAGGUAGAAGCUGCACCAGUUGACCAAGUGGAUGAAGUGAAAGAAGAGGCUAUGAAGGAAGAGUCAGUGGAGGAAGUGAAAGAAGAGGCCAUGAAGGAAGAGCCAAUACAGGAGUCAACUCCAGUAGAACAGGCACCAGCUGAAGUUCAGCAAGAUGCACCUGUUGAAGAAGCUCCUGUCAAAACAGAAGAGACUGACAAGAAAGAGCCAGAAGUCAUUGCCAUGGAUACAGAUGCAGAUUUGGUUGUUAUGGACUCUGUCGGAGAAAAUGAUGGUGAUAAAAAGGAGAAGGAGCGAGAACGUGAAAGAAGAGAAAGGAGGAAAAGAUCGCGAUCCAGAUCACCCCGUCGUCGUAGAUCAAGAUCACGCUCCAGAGAUAGGCGCAGAUCAAGAUCAGACUCCAGGGAAAGACGUAGGUCAAGGUCACCCAAAAGAUCUAGGUCAGGUGACAAGAAGUCAAGGAGCAGGUCAAGGUCUCCAAAGCAGGAGAAGUCCUACAGAGAAGAUUUGAAAGAUCGUGCUGAAAGGUACAGCAGGUGGGAGAAAGAAGAUACUCCUGAGCCAAUACCAGAGGAAACUGAUGAUUGGCUAGAAUAUACAGAUGUACAACUUGAUAGAUAUAAUGCUGACCUGAGUCUUACAAUAGCCAAUGAUGGCUGGAACUGUACACCCAAUGUGGAAGAAGGAUUUGGUUUCACAUGGCAGGGUGUUAGAGCCACUUACGGAGUCAACAAAGGCAAAGUUGGUUUUGAAUGCAAGGUUGAGCGUCAGUUGGAUCUUGAAGACAUGCCAGAGGAAGAGAAACAUUUACAUGUAGUUCGUGUUGGCUGGUCCUCAGACAACACAAGCCUUGGUCUGGGGGAGGAACCCCUAUCCUUUGGCUAUGGGGGCACAGGGAAAGCAUCUGUAAACUGCCAGUUCAAAGACUUUGGCGAGCAAUUUGGUGUUAAAGACUGCAUUGGUGCUUUUGUGGACUUCACAAGUGAUCCAGUGACUAUUUCCUACAGAAAGAAUGGCAAAGAGCUUGGAGUUUGCUUUGAAAUUGCAGCCAGUGAACUUGAGGGCAAGACUCUAUUCCCCCAUGUUCUAACCAAGAACUGUACAUUCUCUUGCAACUUUGGAAAUGAGGUUUUCACAUCUGGAGAAGGAAUCUACUAUGCUUUACCAGAAGGAUAUACUUGGAUCAAUGAUAUUCCCCUAGAAGACAGAGUCAGGGGUCCAUUACCACCUACCAAGAAGGAAGAGUGUGAAAUGAUCAUGAUGUGUGGUCUACCAGGAGCAGGCAAAACAUACUGGGCAGAGAAACAUGCUGCUGCCAAUCCAGACAAAAGUUACAAUAUACUUGGAACCAACAGUCUCAUCAACAAAAUGAAGGUGAUGGGGCUACCACGUAAAGGAAACUAUGCUGGUCGUUGGGACGUCCUUAUCUCAAAAUCCAGUAAAUGCUUGAAUAUCUUACUGGAUAUUGCCUCAAGGAAGAAGCGCAAUUAUAUCUUAGAUCAGACAAAUGUCUACCCAUCAGCGCAGAGACGUAAAAUGCGACCCUUCGAAGCUUUCCAACGUAAAGCUGUUAUAAUUGUUCCUGAAGAGGAGGAAUAUAAGAAGCGUUUAGAACAAAGGAACAAAAAUGAAGGCUCUGAGGUCCCUGAAUCGGCUGUGAAUGAAAUGAAAGCAAACUUCACCCUGCCUGAAGAGAUAAAGGAAGGUAAAAGUAACUUGUUUGACACACUGGAGUUCCCAGAGUUGCAACGUGAAGAAGCCCAGAAGUUAGUCGACCAGUUCAACAAGGAUGGCAAAGCAGCCUGUCCCCCACGUGGAGGACGAGGAGGUUAUGGGGGUGGAGACCGUUAUGGCGGAAGAGACAACAGAGGUCAUAGUGGUGGUUAUGGUGGCUACCGCGGUAGAGGAGGUGGUGGUGGUUAUGACAGAAGAGAUGACAGAAGAAAUAAUAGACGUGAUGACUACAGAAGCAACCGUAAUGAUCGUAGUUAUGGUGGUGGCCGUGACCAUAGGGACCAUGGUAGUGGUGGAUAUGGUCGUGAUAGAGAUGACAAAUAUAAGGGUCGUGACAGCCGAGGAUAUGGUGGCAGCAGUAGUGGAGGGAGCUGGGGAGGAAGUAGCCAGGGAGGAUAUGGUCAGGGUAGCUGGGGAGGACAAGGCUAUGGGCAGAGUAGUGGUUAUGGCCAACAAGGAUCAUGGUCUGGACAGAACCAAUGGGCAGGUUAUGGCCAGAGUGCUACCUCACAAGCAAGCAUCGCUCAACAGUGGCAGCAGUACUAUGCUGCAAACCCAGGUGCUGCCAACCAAUGGAGUGGAUACAGUGGCUAUGGAUCAUACAGUGGCUCAGGAACACAGAAAUAGACUAUACUAUAUAUUGUAUUUUAGCUUUACACAAAAACAUUUUGGUCAUCCAAUGGCUUAUCUUAAGCUUUGUCAUAGAUGUUUAUGACAACAAGGCAGUGGGAUGUUUUGAUAACUAUGUCUGCCCCUUAAAGAUUAUUUUUUACUCAUAUUUACUAAUAAUCAUAGUAUCAGAUUAAGAUUUGUGUUGUACAAUCUGUUCUUAAUCAAAAUGUGUCUGAU